GAAUAAGCUUGUUGAAAAUUUCAAUCGGGCCAAAAUGGCAUAAAAUAAAGCAUUGGAUAAAAAGAAAACAUACAUGAUCACAUUCAUCUGUCAAAUUACAGAAUAAUAAACCUGGUCUGUAUCCACCAAGUUGAUAAAACUAAUAAAUCACAUCCAUAGGCCAAUAAAUAAUAAUGGCAUUCCUUCCAUUGACUUUUGAAGCUUAAUUUUCCUUCGCAAAAUUCACAGUUAGAACACCAUAUAUAUACCCUAGCAAUAUGAGAUGAGAGUGAAAUGGCAGAAACUUCAGUAUUAUUUGCCCUGGGGAAAGUGUUUGAAUUCCUAAAAGAAGAAACAAAUCUGCUGAGUCGUGUGCACAAAGAUUUUUCAGACAUCACAGAUGAACUUGAGAGCAUUCAAGUUUUCCUCAAAGAUGCAGAUACAAGAGCUGCAGAUGAAACCGACACCAAUGAUGGAAUAAGAACUUGGGUGAAGCAUCUGAGAGAAGCAUCAUUUCGCAUUGAAGAUGUCAUUGAUGAAUACCUUCAGCUGAUGCAUAGGGCCUAUCCUCCGGGAUGCGGAUCUUUAGUCUGCAAGAUUGCAAGUCUAAUCAAAACAUUGAUUUCCCUUCACCAGAUAGCAUCUGAGAUUAAGAACAUUAAGAUAUCAAUUCGUGGAAUCAAGGAAAGAAGUGAGAGGUAUAACUUUCAAAUUUCACAGACACCAGGAUCAUCAAGCAGCAACAACAGCAGUAGAGAGACGGAUAAUAGAAGAUGGUGUGAUCCUCGACUGUCUUCCCUUUUUAUUGAAGAAACUGCAAUUGUCGGAUUUGAAGGCCCGAGGGAAGAAUUGUCUGGUUGGUUACUAGAGGGCACAGCUGAGCGCACAGUGAUUUCAGUGGUUGGAAUGGGAGGUCUAGGAAAAACCACUCUUGCCAAGCUAGUUUUCGACAGUCAAAAGGUAACAACAAAAUUUGAUUGUCGUGCUUGCAUCACAGUUUCUCAAUCAUACACCGUGAGGGGGAUAUUGAUCAACAUGAUGGAGGAAUUUUGUAGCGAAACUGAAAGCCCUCUUUUGCAGAUGUUACACAAAAUGGAUGACAAGUCAUUGAUUAUACAAGUGAGGCAAUACCUGCAACAUAAAAAGUAUUUGAUAUUCUUUGAUGAUGUAUGGCAAGAAGACUUUUCUGACCAGGUUGAAUUUGCCAUGCCUAAUAACAACAAAGCAAAUAGGAUCAUCAUCACCACGAGAAUGAUGCAAGUUGCAGAUUUUUUCAAGAAAUCCUUUCAAGUUCAUGUUCACAACUUGCAACUUUUGACACCAAACAAAUCAUGGGAACUCUUCUGCAAGAAAGCAUUCAGAUUUGAGGUUGGUGGGCAUUGUCCACCAGAGCUUAACUCCAUGUCAAUAGAAAUAGUUCGAAAAUGCAAGCAGCUACCCCUGGCAAUUGUAGCCAUUGGUGGUCUAUUUUCGACAAAAGCUAAAACUGUGACUGAAUGGAAAAUGGUGAGUCAAAAUCUGAACCUGGAGUUGGGACGCAAUGCCCAUUUAACUAGUCUUACAAAGAUUUUAUCUCUUAGUUACGAUAGCCUUCCUUUUUACUUGAAACCAUGCAUUUUGUAUUUUGCUAUAUAUCCUCAGGACUAUUCUAUCAAUCAUAAGAGAUUAACUCGACAAUGGAUAGCUGAAGGGUUUGUUAAAUCUGAUGAGAGACGAACUCAAGAGAUAGUUGCAGAAGAGUAUUUGUCUGAACUAAUUCACAGAAGUAUGGUUCAGGUCUCAAAUGUUGGAUUUGAAGGGAAAGUUCAAACAUGCCGAGUCCAUGAUUUAUUCCGGGAAGUGCUCAUUAGAAAAAUGAAGGAUUUAAGAUUCUGUCAUUGUGUGCAUCAAGAUAGUGAAUCAAUCGCAGUUGGGAAAACUAGACGCCUAUCUAUUGCCAGUUGUCCAAACAAUGUGUUGAAGAGCACUAACAAUACGCAUUUUCGUGCAAUUCAUGUUUUUGAAAAAGAUGAAUCAUUGGAGCAUUUGAUGGGUAAACUGUGUUCACAGUCUAGGAUAUUGAAGGUGCUUGACAUUCAAGGUACAUCAUUGAAAAAUAUUCCUAAAAAUUUGGUGAGUCUUUGUCACAUAAGGUACAUAAACCUAAGUUAUACUAAUGUACAGACUCUUCCGAAAUCUGUUGGUGAACUACAGAACUUAGAGACAUUGGAUUUGAGAAACACACUUGUGCAUGAAAUACCAAGUGAAAUAAACAAGCUCACAAAGCUACGGCACCUUCUUGCUUUCCAUCGUAACUAUGAAGCGGAGUAUUCUCUUUUGGGCUUUACAACUGGUGUGUUGAUGGAAAAAGGUAUUAAAAACUUGAUUUCCCUACAAAAUCUUUAUUAUGUGGAGGUAGAUCAUGGAGGGGUUGAUCUCAUUCAAGAAAUGAAAAUGCUAAGGAAUUUAAGGAGUUCAGGUUUAAGGCAUGUCAGAGGAGAACAUGGGAAUUCCUUAAGUGCUGCUGUAGCAGAAAUGACACACCUUGAAAAUCUGAAUAUCUCAGUAAUAUCGGAGGAUGAAAUUAUUGACCUGAACUUUAUAUCAUCCCCACCCCAACUUCAGCGGCUACAUUUGAAAGGUAGACUACAGAAGUUGCCCGAUUGGAUUGCAAAACUUGAGUGUCUCGUUAAGGUAAAGCUGAGCUUUUCUAUGUUGAAAUAUGAUCCAUUGCAGUCACUGCAAAACUUACCGAAUCUUCUCAAUCUCUGUUUGUGGGACAAUUGCUAUGAUGGUGAAAUUUUUCAUUUUCGAAAUGGAGGGUUUCUAAAAUUGAACACACUGAACCUUCGACACUUGAAUAGAAUAAAUUCCAUCAUUAUUGAGAAUGGAACUUUGCUAUCUCUUGAACAUCUUACACUGGAAAAAAUCCCCCAGCUGAAGGAGGUACCCAUUGGCAUAAAGCACAUGCAUAAACUCAAAGAUAUUUACUUCACUGAUAUGCCAGCUCAAUUUGUUGAAAGCAUUGAUCCAGACAAAGGACAGAACUACUCAAUUAUCAAGCAUGUUCCUCUUGUAUUCAUUCGUCACUGGUAUGGCCCAAACUUAUAUGAUUAUGACAUCCGGACUAUUCACUCAUCCACGAAGGAGUCAUAUGUAAAUUGAGAAUGCUCUGGUCUGUAUAAAGCUUCAUAGUAUGAAGAAUUGGGCUCAAAGAUGGCGGAUUUUGUGCUUCAUUCAAUCUACAGUACUUCAAUUCGAAAUAAAAUAUCUCCUUCUCAUCCUGCAACUAUCAAGGAGAAUCUGGACUAAUUCACCGAGUGACUUUGGGUUUUCAUUUUUAUUUUUGUCAUUAAUUUGUGGUGUUUUAUAAUUUAGUUUUGGAAGCUUUGAUUCAAAACCUUGUAAUCAAGACCUAUAUUUGGACUCCAUUCAGACAUCAUUUGGACAUUUCUUUCCAACAUUUGCCAUUUUUGGUGUUUCAGAUUGGUGGGAGCUUUUCUCCAACCCUUGUAAUAAUCAAUUAAAAUUUAGCUGCCUACUAUAUAAUUACUCUUUUGGUCCCUUAACUUAUUUUUUGGUUU